UUUUCCUUCAGUCAUCUAGAAGUACCAGUGUUUCAAAUACUUGAAUUUCUCUUAGAAAUAUUCAUAUGUUGGAUCGUAAACCAUGCAACAAGGAACAUAAUAUAUAGCUCUAGGUAUCCUUUCAAAGAAAGACUCGGAAGUAAAUAAAAGCAUGGAUGAUUUAGCCAGUGGAGCCACCACUAGCCAACAAGAGAAUGAUAUAACGUCAAGAGUUGGUGAUAUCACCUUGGAAACAAAAUUGCUGUCAAACUGUAAUCAAGACCAAGAACAAGUUUCCACGUCAGUUGCAAAGCAUGAUGGUAAAGAUGGGAUUCUAGAGGGAGAGGAGGGUGAACUAGACUAUGAAGAAGAUGAAGGAGAAACAUUAGACACUUCAGCUAAUAAACAAGAAAUACCAAAGAAGACUAAAGAAAGUAGUGAUAUUGAAGAAGGGGAACUAGAGGAUGGUGAAGUGAAYAGUGAUGGGGAGGAAGGAGAAAUCUUAUCAGACAAGGAUGACGAUAAGUCAAAGAAAAARACAGACAAGGAAGAAGGAGAAAUAAAUGAGGAUGAUUUAGAGGAUGGCGAAGUCAGAGAUCAGUCUGAUGGUUACUCAUCAAACCCAGGUAGAGGAAUUCCAAGAAAACUUUGCAGAUAUUUUGUCUCAGGGAGCUGUACUUGGGGCGUUUCAUGCAGAUUUCUACAUCCAGGUAUCAAUGACAAAGGUGCAUAUCAAAUGCUACCUCAACCAGGACAAUAUCCAGUACCAUAUGUAAGACCAUCUCAGCCAACACCAUUCCCAGCAGUAGAAACAGCACAGACUACUCCAGCUCUUAUACCAGAAUAUGACCAACCWGAGGAUCUUGAUACAGAUCCAACCACCAAUAGUAAACCAGUAAUACCAGAGAAAGAGACGGCAUGGGAAAGAGGAAUACGUCUUGCUAAAGAGAACAAAAAGGCAGCAAUGCGCCGUAAAGAAGAAGACAAAGAGUUUGAGCAAAAGCGCAUGAUGUUGAGUAUCAGUGUAGAUGUUGAGGAAGAAGACGGCAACAAGGAAAAUCAAAUCAAAAGRAAAGAUUUGAGAGAUCGCAUGAAGAAAGAUAUUGACAGCACUGACAGGGCGAGGGGGAGUGGUGCAGCAUCACGAUGGAGAGAUACUGGAGAUAGAUAUUCAUAUAAGGAUAAAGAAAAGAAGAAGACAAAAAGAACGAGACGAUCAGUUUCUUCAUCACCUGAAAGAAGCAAGUAUGAUCGUCGCCGAGAAAACAGAGAGACUACCAAGCAAAGCAGUGAUUUGGACAGGAAGAGAGAUAAAGACCGACCUACGAAACCCAAGUCAAGUGAGCCCAUUAAGACAAAAGACAAUUCUACGCCAGUAUCAACCACUAAAGAGCAAGAAACAAAAGACACCAAACCCGUGAAUAAAACCAAGACAUCAAGUGAUAGCGAUACAGAAGAUAAAACUAAAACUAAGGGUGGAAUUGUAGGAAUAUCUAAUGACAGAUUAGCCAGUGAYGAAUGGCAUGAUCCAUGGCAACGAACUACCUCACCAAAACGACGGUCGCCAAGGAGACGAUCCACCACUUCAAGUUAUUCCUCACGAAGUAGGUCUUCUUCGUCAUCGUCCGGCUCKUCACGCUCGUCACGUUCUAGGUCACGCACUCCUUCUUCAACUGGUUCAGAGUCACGGUCAUCAUCAAGGUCCAUUUCCAGGUCACCAAGUCGCAGCAGAUCACGAACACCUUCCGAGACAUCAUCGAGAUCUCGAUCACGAUCCGCCACGCCAUCUUCGGAAAGUGAUCGUUCAAGCACGUCAAGUCGCACAAGCAACAGAAAGGAAGAAAAUGCAUCGAAACCUAGCAGUGUGAGAAACCGGUCCAUUUCACAUUCACARUCCGAUUCUGAGUCACCCUCGGAGUCUGAAUCAGAAUCAGAUAGAACACGUUCCAGUGCUUCUCCCAUCCCCACUAAACCUUCCAGUCCCACUCGGUCACCAAGUGGRCGCGGUAUACGUAGUCCUCCUGAACMAGUAAAAGAGCGUGAAUUUAAAGAGAAGAAAACACGGGUUGAGCACGAUAGUCGGGAAGAACGUGGCGAUAAAUAUCGACAACAACCGAUGAUUGGUUGGGAUCGACGAGAACAACAGCGAUGGGAGGAUCCUUACGGGAGAGSAACACGUGAUAGUCGUGGAAACAAAGAAAGAGAAAGCAAUCAGCGAAGACGAAGAUCUCCACCAACAAGACGGGAUGGCGACCAGAGAAGACAUUUCGAAGAGGCUGCGCCUCACAGUCAGAGAGAUAAUAUGGAUCAAUCAAGAACAUUAUCACCACCACGAUCACGUGAUUACAAUCGACGUGACGAUCGAAGUAGUAAUGGUACCAGUAAUAACACCAAGAGUGGCACACGAAGUUCCAAUGUACCAAGUAACGAGUCAUGGGCUGCAGAAAGACGAAAAAGGCAGCAAAUCCCAUUGUCCAGCGGUAGUGUGCGAUACGCUGGUCACAAAGAUAUUAAACUCACUCUUAAUAAGUCCGUAGGUAAAGCACAGCCUGCAUCCCAGUCUUCAAGAUCGUACUCUCCGACAAGACAAGCUGAGGCAAGCAGUAGUAGUACUGGACACAAAGAUAAUGAAUCCAAGAAACGUUCUGGGCGACCAGUUGAGCCCGAUGCUCCUCAGCGGCAUUCCAGUCCUCGCGAUGAUGUCACGUCUUCUAAACCAAUCAAACGCGCAGCUGAUAGUGUCCUUACUCCAAGACCUGUUGACGCACCCUCUAAUAAACGCCCCUCUGAUGAUUCGUCCAAGAACCGGUUGGAGCCAACGAGAUCUUUAAAACGAUCAGCCGAUAGUGCGCCGACUACUAAACGAACAGCACCCGAAAAUGUACCGAUUAAAUCACAGCCUCGUGAUCAACCUGAACCUGCAGACUCUAAACAAGGUCAUUUGUCGAACAGCUCCCGAAGAGAGGAACUUUUACGAGAGCUUAAAGCAGUCGAGGACGCUAUUGCUCGAAAGCGAGCGAGAAUAGAAUAAUGUGUAUACAAUGUUGAAAUAACACGCGUACAUAUUUAUAAAUCGAUAUCAUUAUAUUUGACAAAUCGUUGUU